AUGCGUGUGAUGCAUGCUUGGCUGCUCUUUGUUGGCCUCUUGUGGAUGAUUCUGGACACUGCACUGUCAAGCACAACUGAUGUCAAGCUGUCAAACUCACUGCCGGCAACAGAUUCUGAUGUCGGGAGUUGGCCUCGCGUUAACUUUACCAGGAGUCGACACAAGCGACACAUUUCUUCUCGAGACCUGAGCGCUUUGUUGGAUUAUCAUAAUCGUGUCCGCUCUCAGGUUUUCCCCCCUGCUGCAAACAUGGAAUAUAUGGUUUGGGACAAAAGGCUUGCAAAAGCCGCAGAGUCCUGGGCAUCCCAGUGCAUAUGGGACCAUGGGCCAGGGCACGUUAUGCGCUACAUGGGUCAGAACCUGUCCAUCAACUCCGGAAGGUAUCGGUCAGUAAUUGACCUGGUGAGGUCUUGGCGCGAGGAAAAAAACUCCUUCGCUUAUCCAAGCAAAUGCAGUGCACCGGUGUGCAGCCAUUACACACAGAUGGUGUGGGCCACGUCCAACAAAAUAGGAUGCGCCAUCAACUGGUGCUCCAACAUGAACGUGUACGGCAGCGCGUGGAAGCAAGCCCUCAUCCUGGUGUGCAACUACUCCAUAAAGGGUAACUGGAUUGGUGAGGCCCCUUACAGGACCGGACGCCCCUGCUCAGCCUGCCCCUCCAGCUACGGAGGCUCCUGCAGCCGAAACCUGUGCUCCGCCCCCAAUGCCAGGUCCAACAAAAUACACUGGUCCUAACCGCUUCUGACCCCAGCCGCACUUCCUGGUGCUGACGUCACGUUUCCGUGGUAACGUUCUCCCCGAAGAAGAGGAGGGGAGCGAGUGUGUGUGUGAAAUGGGGAAGGAUGGCCCUCUGAAAACAUUUGGUCCUGGAGUGUUUUCCUUUAAUCGCUCUGACAAUUCAGUUCUGCAAUACCACUGUUCGUAUAACGACCAUGUUAUAAGUAUUGUAUUGGCAGCA